UCUUGUGAUGCCUUCGUCAGCGCCGCUCCUUCACCACUCCCAGGUCCUCCGUCAGCAGCAGCAGACGGAGCGGAAGCAGGAAUUCCUCCAGCGAAGCAGGAGACUCGCCCGAGGCAUCCCCGGCCACUUCGGAAUGAACCUCAGCGGAAACAGCAGUAGCCCAGUGGAACCUAUCAAGCCCCUGCUGGAUCUGGGGGACGUCGAAGGGUCGCUCACCCUGCCUGCGUACCCUGUCUUCGACGAGGCAACGCCGACCAACGUGACGGCCAUGACGGGCAACGCCGCCUACCUGCACUGCCUCGUCCACAACCUGGGCAACAAGAGUGUAUCGUGGAUCAGACAGCGGGACAUCCACAUCCUCACGGUCGGGCGCUACACGUACACGACGGAUCAGCGAUACGAAGUAAUCCAUUCCCAAGGCUCCAAGGACUGGAUCCUCAAGAUAAAGUACGCCCAGGUUCGAGAUUCGGGCAACUACGAGUGCCAGGUGUCCACCAAGCCCGUGAGAUCUUACACCGUCCAUCUUCAUGUCUUUGCUCCCUUGGCUGAGAUCAUCGGGGCCCCAGACAUGCACGUGGACAAAGGUUCUACCAUCAACCUCACUUGCGUCAUUGCACACAGCCCAGAGCCCCCGGCGUACAUCUUUUGGUAUCACAACGGCCAGGUUGUGAACUACGAAUCCCCAAGGGGCGGCGUAACAGUGACGAUAGAACGAGGCAACACAUCCCGUAGUUCUCUCAUGAUACAGGAAGCCAAACCUCCUGAUACUGGGAAUUACACCUGUGCUCCAUCCAACACUGCUCCAGCUUUCAUACACGUACAUGUACUAAAUGGAGAAACUCCGGCAGCCAUGCAGACCAACAGGGGAGUGGCCAUCGCUGCCCCGCCCCUCGGACACGCCCUCCUUACAUGCCUUUUGAUGGGCGUGCAUCUCGUCUUCCUCGUCGAGAAUCUGCUCCUGCCAGGAACUUUCAGAGGAGGUGGAGGCAGGACGUAGGCUUACACCAACACCCAUAUCCCUCAUCAUCAUAUAGGCCUACACUACUGGAUCUCCAUCUGCUGUCUCUGCUAUGACGAUGGGUCGUCGCCUUUACAUGUACAAAUUACACAAUGAGUUCACUUAGUAACAUUAUAAUGAUAGUAGCUAAGUGAGUGCGUUUCCUUGUGUGUUCGUAUGACAAGUUAACGCUCGGUGGAGAGACGUGUUUGGGAUUUUUUGCAUACAAGGAAGGAAGGAAGACGACAUUCGCUUUGUUUACCUUUAGAACUCUCUUAGUGCACGUUUUGUGGUUCUUGGAUCAUCGACACUCUCUUGUUUCUUAGACUUUGCGACACGUUCACAAAACAAGGAAGUUUGUACUAAAGCACGUCCUACAGAAGUGAGGAUCCGAAAAUAAGAUAAUUCAAGUGGAAAUAAAAGUCAUAUCCUUUGAGUAUCAUCUCGGAAUAGUUACGUAACGCAUGUGUCGAGAUUAGGACACAUUUCUGGAGCAAAACCAGAGGCAGAGAUUUUGAAAUUGCUUCUCCAGUUGGCAUCCAAUUUGAACACAGAACUCAAGUCUUAAGUAAAGACUUGUAAUCUCUUUUACGCAACGACUCAUACUGCCAUCUAAAGAAGAAGAAGAAAAAAACAUACAGUUAACAAGGAGAGUUUCAUCACGGCAACACUUUGUUUACAUGAGAUACCAAAGUUAGUCGUUGCAUGGAACAAAUAUCAGGGAGAUGAACAAUUUUCUCUGUUCUUUUUCAGAUUUCGCGGAAAGGAAUAACACUGAUUAUUCAUCAGUGAAAGUAACAUACAUUUGUUAAACAAAGGAAACAGAUAUUGAUGCUAUCUGGCCUGUAUCCAUAAGAUCCGGGUCGCCCCAUAUAAAACUAGGUAAGUGUGUUUAAGAAAUGAUGAAAAAAAGUUAAUUAAAAAACAAAGUAACUUUUUUUUCAGGAACGUGAUCAUUAGUCCUUUCUCCAAUAACAUAAGCCAUCAUAGAGUAUGUGCGUA